UGUUUAAACCCUUGGAGUGUCUUCUCUUUUCUUCUUCUCCUUUGCGGCCGUUUGAACGUCGUUUCUCUUAUUAACUCAACACAACACUACCGCCUCCAUUCUCGAAUCUCUCUCUAGAAUUUCAUAUAAGCUUUACACCGACGAAUUAUUCACUUGUUUUGUGUUGCCUCUCACAUUACGACAUCGUUUUACACUGCCGCCGCUCGCUCUGUUACAUCACUUCUCAAGGAUUACACCUUGCUUUUAUGGAGUUUGAAACUCGUAUUGUUACCCCUAUUAAUAACAAUGAGAAACCUGAUUCAGGAACACAACCAAGUCAGAAGAAAAAGAGGUCCAUCGUGUGGGAAUACUUUACAGUGGAAGCUGUUGAAGCUGGAAAAUCCAGAGCUUAUUGUAAACAUUGCAAUAAAUCGUUUCAUUAUAUAAGUGGUUCAAAAACAGUUGGCACAACUAAUUUGAAAAAGCACAUUUCUUUGGGACUCUGUCAAGGAAUGCAGCAGAAAAGUCAACCAAACUCACAUCCCGAAAAUGGUGGUUUGCAGGAUAAUGCCAUUCGGCCAAAGAAAAGGCAAAGAGAAACACCUGCAUAUGCUGGUAAUGGUAUCUCAUUUGAUCAGGAGCGUUGCAUCAAUGACAUCGCUAAAAUGAUAAUUUUACAUGAUUACCCUCUUGAUAUUGUGAAACACCAGGGCUUCAUUGCUUUUGUACGGACUCUUCAUCCCAUGUUCAAUCCAUCGUGUUUGAAUUCUGUUGAAGGGUGUGUUUCUUCUAUGUAUCUCAGAGAGAAGCAAAAUCUGUUAGAUCUUAUUAAUGGGAUUCCUGGACGGCUCAACCUGACAUUGGACUUGUGGACUUCAAACCAGGAAACAGGGUAUGUUUUUAUUCGAGGACACUUCAUUGAUAGUGAUUGCAACGUACAUCAUCCUAUUCUCAAUGUUGUUAAAGUACCAUUUCCUGAUUCAGGUGAUUCCCUAAACCAAACCAUAAUGACCUGCAUAUCUGAUUGGCAUUUGGAGGGUCGGGUACUUACCCUUGCACUUGAUAAAUCUUUCUCAAGUGAGACUGUGAAGGUAAAUUUACGAGGCAAUCUAUCUGUUAAUAACCCUGUGAUUCUCAGUGGUCAGUUAUUAAACCAGAAUUGCUAUGCCCGUGUUCUCAGCCGCCUUGCAGUAGAUGUGCUACGGGCAAUGAGCAAAACUAUUAGCAAAGUUCGUGAGUGUGUGAAGUUUGUGAAAUAUUCUGAAUCUCAUGAAGAGAAGUUUAUCGAGCUUAAGCAACAAUUACAAGUACCUGGUUUGGUGAACCUUUUGAUUGAUGACCAGUAUAAUUGGGAUACAACAUACCAUAUGCUUGUAGCUGCCUGUGAAUUAAAGGAAGUCUUUGCUUGCUUUGAUGCCACUUGUCCUGAUUUCUCGAUGACUCUAACUAUGGAAGACUGGAAGCAAGUUGAAACUCUCUGCACAUAUUUGAAGUAUAUGUAUGAUGCAGCUCACAUAUUAACUGCCCAACAACUCCCAACAGCCAACUUAUUUUUUCUUGAAGUGUCAAAACUUCAUAUGGAGUUGACUAAUGCAGCCUUCAGCCAGGAUCCUUUUCUUAGCAGUUUGAUUUUUCCUUUGCUCAAAAACUUUGAUCAAUAUUGGAGAGAUAGCUGCCUCAUCUUGGCUGUUGCUGUAGCCAUGGACCCAAGGCAUAAAAUGAAACUUGUGGAAUCCACCUUUACUACAAUAUUUGGAGAAAAUGCUGAGCCAUGGAUAAGAAUUGUUGAGGAUGGUCUUCAUGAACUAUUCAUUGAUUAUAACACCGAAAUGCUUCAUUUCACGGCAACAAAUGGCGAUGAUGUGGAUGAGAUUAUGUUAAACACUGAGCCAUAUGAAGGGCCGGUUGAUGGUUCCCUUUUUGUUGAUGAAGGUGGACUUUCCGACUUUGAGUUUAACAUAUCUGAUUUUACUAGUAUGCAGCAAUUCAAGUCGGAAAUGGAUGAGUAUUUGGAAGAACCUUUGCUGUCCGAAUCUAAAGAAUUUGAUAUUCUUAGUUGGUGGAGGGAAAAUCGAUCAAAGUAUCCAACAUUGUCUAGAGCUGCAUCUGAUAUUUUGUCUAUGUCAAUAUCUACUGUGUCUGCAGAUUCUGUUUUCGACACAGAAGUUAGAAAAAUGGAUGACUACCGGAGUUCGUUAGACUCGCAGACUCUUGAAGCCCUUAUUUGUGCCAAGGAUUGGUUCCAGCAUAACUCUAUAACCAAAAAUGUUUCAAAUACACCGAGAAAAUGAAAUUGUAGACAUAGAUGAUAGAUUCUCAAGUAGCUUUUUGGUAUUGAUUCAAGUUUUGAAACCAUUGUUCAGGUCAAUUAAUUAGUGUGAUAAUUGUCCAUACAUGUUUGAUAGAAUAGAUAUUGAUUCUAUUCAAACUUCAUCUUUUGGCAAACACAGCUCAUGUGUGUAACAACAAACAACAGCUGCGUUCAUAUUUUCAUGGUUUGAAAUGAAAACCAGAAACAUUUCAUAGUUUCAAACAUUCAAGAUAAAACCUAUACUAUUAUAUUUUCUGCUA